AUGAAUAUUGAGAUCUCCAACACAAAACAAAUUGGUAUUGGAUUGACUUUGUUUGGAUGUACUUUUGUGGGACUGGGCAUAUUGUUAUUCUUUGACAAAGCUCUUUUGGCAAUUGGAAAUGUAAGUCUUUACGUUUUUUUAAUUGUGUUUAGGGGUUUGUACUUCUACUGUUUAUAAAUUUUGAAUUAAAAGGUAUAUUGGGUAAUUUUUUAGUGAAAGUAAAUGUUUGAACAGAAUGGUAUUUUUGAUUUUUUUAAACAAUAUGUUUUUUAAUAAUUUAUAAUCAUAUACAAAACUAUGUGUUAUACGCAGGAAACAAAGAAGAUUACAUUGAUUUUUAGUUAUUAUUUAUUGUCGGUCUGACACUUGUGAUUGGUGUUCAACGGACGUUGUUAUUCUUUUUCCAACGGCACAAAAUCAAAGGAACGGCUUUGUUUUUUGGCGGUAUCUUCAUUGUAUUACUGGGAUGGGCCUUUGUCGGCAUUUGCAUUGAAGUUUGGGGAUUUGUAUUGUUGUUUGGGUAAGAUUUCGUGCUAGCAAGUAUUUGUAUGAUUUUUGAAUUAAACGGUUUUAUAUUUUAUAUUCAUAUAACUUUAAUAUAGGAUUUUUGUGAAAUUUUGCAAAUAUUGCACGAAAUAGCUACGUAUAUUUAAAAAAAAUCAUUUAAAAUUUUUUACAGAGGAUUUUUGCCCUCAGCAGUGAACUUCGCUCGAAAUUUACCGUUUAUUGGAACAGUGUUAAUGAUGCCAGGAAUUCGACAGGUAACUUUUUUAUGUUAAACUUUUUUCGGUUUUUUUGAGAGGUUUUUCUUGAUAAUAAAGUGUAAUUACGGACACCGUUUGGAUAAGGGGAUACCCUUUUCCUCAGCCAAAUUGAAGUAAUUUCCUCAGGUACUAUCUGUACAUGGUAAAAAUGUAAAAAAAAGUUUGAUCUUUUUUGCUAAUUGGUUAGUUUUUCGAUAACCAACUUGCAUUUUCAUAAUUUUCAGUGUCUUGAUCGCAUUGCACCGGAAGCCAAAUACCCUGUUUAG